AUGCCCACAGGCGAAUCGGCAGCUGACACCAGCACUUCAUCGCCGGAUCCGGGCCCGCCGUCGCCGCGCAUGGCCGAGACGGGCUGCAGUACGCCGCCGCAUCCACCGCCUGUGUUCGACGGUGGGGGCUCGCCAUCGCCGUCCCCCGCCUGUCAUCCCACCGUCAUUCGAUCGGCACCACCUUACUCCGUCAUCAAGUUCGAAGGAGCGUCCACUAAUAUCAAAGCAGAAAGUUCUCCAGCGCGCAACAAACCAGAUACACCGACGCCGUCCCAACUCUCAUCUGUGAAGCUGGAAAGCCCGCCACAGGAUCUGCCCCAACCGUACAGGCCCAGAACACUGGCUCCGCCACCUACUAGCACUCAUUCACCACUAUCACCGGGCCACUGGCCACCCUCCGCAUGUAUCAACGGUGUCAAACCGGAAUUGAUAGGCGGACACUUCCCACCGCAACCCCUAGAACCCAAGCCUGGUGUGAGAGGUCCUGCUCAAUGGCGAGGGUCACCUGCUGUCAUCAUGGGUGAAUCUGGUGGCGUACGAACAAUGUUUUGGACGUUACCAGCACCAACUUCAAAUAAUGAACCUGCAGCGAGUGCGUCGCAUACACCAGCACCGCCCACGCCUGAUCCAGCUACGUGUACUGAAGAAUCGGCAGCACGAUUGCUACUUAAUCUUGGAGGUGAUUUAAGAAGACCGAGGGGACCUCCAUUAAAUAUGGAGCUACUUUGGGCUGGAGACGUUUCGCAAUUACCAGCUAACCAACAGAUGCACGCUUUAAAUUUAAGCGCAGCAGCAGGCAGUAUGUCAGGGACGUCAGCUAUCGCAAGCGCUAGUGCACUUUCCAUUCCACGGCCCGAGCUUCGGGCAUACGCUCCUGAAACCGAACGCGACGAAGAUGAACAACCAAUGAUUUGCAUGAUAUGUGAAGAUAAGGCAACAGGAUUGCACUAUGGAAUUAUCACAUGUGAAGGCUGUAAGGGUUUCUUUAAACGGACUGUUCAAAACCGACGGGUUUAUACAUGCGUUGCAGAUGGUGGCUGUGAGAUCACAAAAGCGCAACGUAAUAGAUGCCAAUAUUGCCGGUUUAAAAAAUGCAUUGAACAAGGAAUGGUGUUACAAGCUGUCAGAGAAGAUCGCAUGCCAGGAGGUCGAAACAGUGGCGCCGUCUACAACAUGUAUAAGGUUAAAUAUAAGAAACAUAAAAAAGCAAACACAAAAGCAGCGACGGCAACGAGUCGGGCUUCACCACCCGAAAAACCUAAGGACCCCUUGCCACCACUCCCACCGCACCUUGUAAAUGGGACCAUACUUAAGACUGCACUGACUAACCCAAGCGAGGUGGUUCACUUGCGAGCGAGACUGGAAAGCGCCGUGUCAUCGUCACGAGAUCGGGCAGUUCCCUUGGAGAGGGCGCUGCAUAUGAUACGAGCUCUAAUAGACUGUGACGCCAUGGAAGAUAUCGCCACCGUCCGACAUCUACCAGACCUACUCCAUGACACCUCGGAGAUAGGUGACAAACUCUGUAAGAUCGGAGACUCCAUCGUCCAUAAAAUGGUCGCCUGGACGAAAAAACUGCCAUUCAUAAUGGAGAUCCCGAUGGAAAUUCAUUCAAAAUUAUUAAUGGAGAAAUGGCACGAGAUCUCAGUUCUAACAACUGCUGCGUAUCAAGCGAUGCACGGGAAACUUGCUCAUGCACCACCUUCAUCGGACCAUGAACACGAUUUUAUGCAAGAGGUGAACGCAAACCUGCGGACGCUACAGAACUGUCUGACGUCGCUAAUGGGGCGCCCCAUCACGUUAGAACAGCUGCGGCUGGAUGUGGGUCUUGUGGUUGAGAAGAUGACGCAGAUCACGUGCGUGUUCCGCCGCAUACAGCUCCGCAUGGAGGAGUACGUCUGCCUUAAAGUCUAUAUAUUGUUAAAUCAAGAAGUAGAAUUGGAGGGCAUUCAAGACCGGUAUGUCCAAGUUCUGCGCAGCUACUUGGAGCACGCGGCGCCCCACCAUCCAGGGAGACUACAGGAACUAUUUGCGCGAAUACCAGAGAUACAAGCGGCGGCGAACCUGCUGCUAGAGAGCAAGAUGUUCUACGUGCCGUUCGUGCUGAACUCGGCGGAGAUCAGAUAG